AUGUUGCAAGAUGGGAUAAUUAAUGAUCCUUGCCCGAGAGUAAUGAUUAAUUUAGGGGGGAAAAUUAUUCCCAUGUUAUUUGAUACGGGGGCAGCUAUUUCAGUAAUUGGAUAUAAUAGAUAUCAAAGUAUUUGGCCAGGGGAAAUGAUAGAGAAUGAGGGGUUAAGGAUAAGACAGUUUGAUGGGACACUGAUGGCGGCAAUGGGUAGGGUGGAGAUAAUAGCAAAAUUGGGGGAAAGAGUUGAAGUAUUAGAUUUAUGGAUUAUCAAUCAUAAUAUAGAAGCUGUGUUGGGGUGGGACUGGAUCACUAGGAUUGGUCCCUGGUAUGGUUUUUGGGGGAGGAGACCAUUCAAGGAGCGAAACAAAGGGGAACAACCCAAGAAGCGUAACAAGAGAGGAUCCCAGGAGCGAAACAAAGGGGAACAACCCAAGAAGCGUAACAAGAGAGGAUCCCAGGAGCGAAACAAAGGGGAACAACCCAAGAAGCGUAACAAGAGAGGAUCCAAGGAGCGAAACAAAGGGGAACAACCCAAGAAGCGUAACAAGAGAGGAUCCAAGGAGCGAAACAAAGGGGAACAACCCAAGAAGCGUAACAAGAGAGGAUCCAAGGAGCGAAACAAAGGGGAACAACCCAAGAAGCGUAACAAGAGAGGAUCCAAGGAGCGAAACAAAGGGGAACAACCCAAGAAGCGUAACAAGAGAGGAUCCCAGGAGCGAAACAAAGGGGAACAACCCAAGAAGCGUAACAAGAGAGGAUCCCAGGAGCGAAACAAAGGGGAACAACCCAAGAAGCGUAACAAGAGAGGAUCCAAGGAGCGAAACAAAGGGGAACAACCCAAGAAGCGUAACAAGAGAGGAUCCCAGGAGCGAAACAAAGGGGAACAACCCAAGAAGCGUAACAAGAGAGGAUCCAAGGAGCGAAACAAAGGGGAACAACCCAAGAAGCGUAACAAGAGAGGAUCCCAGGAGCGAAACAAAGGGGAACAACCCAAGAAGCGUAACAAGAGAGGAUCCCAGGAGCGAAACAAAGGGGAACAACCCAAGAAGCGUAACAAGAGAGGAUCCAAGGAGCGAAACAAAGGGGAACAACCCAAGAAGCGUAACAAGAGAGGAUCCCAGGAGCGAAACAAAGGGGAACAACCCAAGAAGCGUAACAAGAGAGGAUCCAAGGAGCGAAACAAAGGGGAACAACCCAAGAAGCGUAACAAGAGAGGAUCCCAGGAGCGAAACAAAGGGGAACAACCCAAGAAGCGUAACAAGAGAGGAUCCCAGGAGCGAAACAAAGGGGAACAACCCAAGAAGCGUAACAAGAGAGGAUCCAAGGAGCGAAACAAAGGGGAACAACCCAAGAAGCGUAACAAGAGAGGUUCCAAGGAGCGAAACAAAGGGGAACAACCCAAGGAGCGUAACAAGAGAGGAUCCAAGGAGCGAAACAAAGGGGAACAACCCAAGAAGCGUAACAAGAGAGGAUCCAAGGAGCGAAACAAAGGGGAACAACCCAAGAAGCGUAACAAGAGAGGAUCCAAGGAGCGAAACAAAGGGGAACAACCCAAGAAGCGUAACAAGAGAGGAUCCAAGGAGCGAAACAAAGGGGAACAACCCAAGAAGCGUAACAAGAGAGGAUCCAAGGAGCGAAACAAAGGGGAACAACCCAAGAAGCGUAACAAGAGAGGAUCCCAGGAGCGAAACAAAGGGGAACAACCCAAGAAGCGUAACAAGAGAGGAUCCAAGGAGCGAAACAAAGGGGAACAACCCAAGAAGCGUAACAAGAGAGGAUCCAAGGAGCGAAACAAAGGGGAACAACCCAAGGAGCGUAACAAGAGAGGAUCCAAGGAGCGAAACAAAGGGGAACAACCCAAGGAGCGUAACAAGAGAGGAUCCAAGGAGCGAAACAAAGGGGAACAACCCAAGAAGCGUAACAAGAGAGGAUCGAAACAAGGGGAACAACCCAAGGAGCGUAACAGAGAGGAUCAAGGAGCGAAACAAGGGAACAACCCAAGAAGCAGAGGAUCCAAGGAGCGAAACAAAGGGGAACAACCCAAGAAGCGUAACAAGAGAGGAUCCAAGGAGCGAAACAAAGGGGAACAACCCAAGAAGCGUAACAAGAGAGGAUCCAAGGAGCGAAACAAAGGGGAACAACCCAAGAAGCGUAACAAGAGAGGAUCCAAGGAGCGAAACAAAGGGGAACAACCCAAGAAGCGUAACAAGAGAGGAUCCAAGGAGCGAAACAAAGGGGAACAACCCAAGAAGCGUAACAAGAGAGGAUCCAAGGAGCGAAACAAAGGGGAACAACCCAAGAAGCGUAACAAGAGAGGAUCCCAGGAGCGAAACAAAGGGGAACAACCCAAGAAGCGUAACAAGAGAGGAUCCCAGGAGCGAAACAAAGGGGAACAACCCAAGAAGCGUAACAAGAGAGGAUCCAAGGAGCGAAACAAAGGGGAACAACCCAAGAAGCGUAACAAGAGAGGAUCCAAGGAGCGAAACAAAGGGGAACAACCCAAGAAGCGUAACAAGAGAGGAUCCAAGGAGCGAAACAAAGGGGAACAACCCAAGAAGCGUAACAAGAGAGGAUCCCAGGAGCGAAACAAAGGGGAACAACCCAAGAAGCGUAACAAGAGAGGAUCCCAGGAGCGAAACAAAGGGGAACAACCCAAGAAGCGUAACAAGAGAGGAUCCAAGGAGCGAAACAAAGGGGAACAACCCAAGAAGCGUAACAAGAGAGGAUCCCAGGAGCGAAACAAAGGGGAACAACCCAAGAAGCGUAACAAGAGAGGAUCCAAGGAGCGAAACAAAGGGGAACAACCCAAGAAGCGUAACAAGAGAGGAUCCCAGGAGCGAAACAAAGGGGAACAACCCAAGAAGCGUAACAAGAGAGGAUCCCAGGAGCGAAACAAAGGGGAACAACCCAAGAAGCGUAACAAGAGAGGAUCCAAGGAGCGAAACAAAGGGGAACAACCCAAGAAGCGUAACAAGAGAGGAUCCCAGGAGCGAAACAAAGGGGAACAACCCAAGAAGCGUAACAAGAGAGGAUCCAAGGAGCGAAACAAAGGGGAACAACCCAAGAAGCGUAACAAGAGAGGAUCCCAGGAGCGAAACAAAGGGGAACAACCCAAGAAGCGUAACAAGAGAGGAUCCAAGGAGCGAAACAAAGGGGAACAACCCAAGAAGCGUAACAAGAGAGGAUCCAAGGAGCGAAACAAAGGGGAACAACCCAAGGAGCGUAACAAGAGAGGAUCCAAGGAGCGAAACAAAGGGGAACAACCCAAGGAGCGUAACAAGAGAGGAUCCAAGGAGCGAAACAAAGGGGAACAACCCAAGAAGCGUAACAAGAGAGGAUCCAAGGAGCAAAACAAAGGGGAACAACCCAAGGAGCGUAACAAGAGAGGAUCCAAGGAGCGAAACAAAGGGGAACAACCCAAGAAGCGUAACAAGAGAGGAUCCAAGGAGCGAAACAAAGGGGAACAACCCAAGAAGCGUAACAAGAGAGGAUCCAAGGAGCGAAACAAAGGGGAACAACCCAAGAAGCGUAACAAGAGAGGAUCCAAGGAGCGAAACAAAGGGGAACAACCCAAGAAGCGUAACAAGAGAGGAUCCAAGGAGCGAAACAAAGGGGAACAACCCAAGAAGCGUAACAAGAGAGGAUCCAAGGAGCGAAACAAAGGGGAACAACCCAAGAAGCGUAACAAGAGAGGAUCCAAGGAGCGAAACAAAGGGGAACAACCCAAGAAGCGUAACAAGAGAGGAUCCCAGGAGCGAAACAAAGGGGAACAACCCAAGAAGCGUAACAAGAGAGGAUCCAAGGAGCGAAACAAAGGGGAACAACCCAAGAAGCGUAACAAGAGAGGAUCCCAGGAGCGAAACAAAGGGGAACAACCCAAGAAGCGUAACAAGAGAGGAUCCAAGGAGCGAAACAAAGGGGAACAACCCAAGAAGCGUAACAAGAGAGGAUCCAAGGAGCGAAACAAAGGGGAACAACCCAAGAAGCGUAACAAGAGAGGAUCCAAGGAGCGAAACAAAGGGGAACAACCCAAGAAGCGUAACAAGAGAGGAUCCAAGGAGCGAAACAAAGGGGAACAACCCAAGAAGCGUAACAAGAGAGGAUCCAAGGAGCGAAACAAAGGGGAACAACCCAAGAAGCGUAACAAGAGAGGAUCCAAGGAGCGAAACAAAGGGGAACAACCCAAGGAGCGUAACAAGAGAGGAUCCAAGGAGCGAAACAAAGGGGAACAACCCAAGGAGCGUAACAAGAGAGGAUCCAAGGAGCGAAACAAAGGGGAACAACCCAAGGAGCGUAGCAAGAGAAGAUGCGGAAGUGAUGUUAGGGGCAGAGUAGGAGAGUUGAAUUAUAAGAGAGAAAUAAGGGGGAAGACUUCUAGGGAAGAAAUAAGAGACAACAAUUAUAUAGAUAAAUCUAGGAAAAUUUACCCGGGGCACGUUGGAGCUGGUAAGGAAUAUGGUGAUAUUAAGGAAAGGGAGGAGGAAGGAGAUACGGGAAAAAGGGACGUAGGGAUGCCUAAAGAAAAUGGAGAUGUGAAUAAUGCGCAAACCCAAGAAAAUCGAGAUGUGAAUAAUGCUCAACCCCAAGGAAGCCGGGAAGUGAUUAAUGCUAGGACACAAGAAAAUCGGGCUAAGACUCAAGGAAAUCGGGAAGUGAGGAAUACUCAAACUCAAGGAAAUCGGGAGGUGAUGAAGGCUAGGACGUCGCACAAUGAUGAGGCGUUGCUAAAUGAUGAGGAUGGAAAGGCAUUGGGAAUGGCCAAAGUGCAAGAAGGAGCCCGAAGAUUAGUACAAAAUUAUCAAGUGAUUUUUAAUGAGGAUUUAGGUUGUCUCAAAGAUUAUGAAGUAGAUAUUAAGUUAAAGGAUGGUUACGUUCCAAAGUAUUGUGCGUUGCGAAGGAUACCUUUUGAGUGGCGGAGAGAAGUAGAAAGGGAGUUGGAACAAUGGGUAAAGAAGGAUAUUGUAUGUCCCAUAGAGUACAGUGAAUGA